ACCCUCCCCGUAGCCAUGGCGCGCCGCCACCUCCUCCCGCUCCUCUCCCGCACCCCCCACGCCCCCACCCCCACCCCCAUCCACCUCCGCCACGCCUUCUGCUCCUCCACCGCAACCGUCGACACCCCCGCCCCGGCCGCCGAUGCAGCUCUCCCAGCCGCAUCCCCCGCGGAGACCCCGGAUGAAGCCCCGGCGGCCACGGAGGCCGGGGAUCCGGCCCCGGCCCGCGCCCCGCGGGAGGAGGAGCCGCUGCACGAGACGAUCCUCCACAUGAUCCGGCGCCGCAAGUGGACGACCCGGAUGGAGAACUCGGUGCGCCUGCUCUGCCCGACGCUCUCGGCGCCGGUCGUCCACGGCGUGAUCUCCGCCGCGGCGGCCGCGGACCGCGCGGACCUCGCGCUCCAGUUCUUCCGCUUCGCGUACCGCCGCGCCGGGUUCCGCCCGGAGCCGGCCACCUUCGCGCUGCUCCUCCCGGUCCUCGCCUCCAAGGGCAUGCUCAACCACGCCCGCUGCGUCCUCCUCGAGACCAUGCCGUCCUUCUCCGUCGCCCCCGACGAGGCCACCGUGGCCGCCCUCGUCGCCGCCUACGGCCGGGCCGGCAUCCCGCAGGAGGCCGUCAAGCUCUUCCGCCUCAUGCCCGACCUCGGCAUCACCCGCACCGCGCUCUCCUACAACGCCGUGCUCAAGGCCAUCCUCUGCCGCGGCCGCGAGGCCAUGGCCAGGCGGAUCUACAACGCCAUGAUCGCCAACGGCGUCGCCCCGACCCUGUCCACCUACAACACGCUCAUCUGGGGGUUCGGCCUGUGCAAGAAGAUGGAGUCCGCCGUCAGGGUGUUUGGGGACAUGAAGGGCCACGGGGUGACGCCGGAUGUGACCACCUAUAACACGCUGCUCAAUGCCUGGGUGCGGAAAGGCGAUCUGGAGAGUGCACGGAAGGUGUUUGAUGAAAUGCCGGGCGCUGGGUUUGAACGGAACUCGAUCUCAUACAAUGUCAUGAUCAAGGGAUAUGUUGAGGCGAAUAAGGUUGAGGAGGCAGUGGGGUUGUUCACGGAUAUGGGGGAGAAGGGGCUGAGGUUGAGUGAGAAGACUUUUGCUGCGUUGAUGCCGGGGCUUUGCGAUGAUGAGGGGAAGGCUGCGGAGGCCCGCAAGGCAGUGGCGGACAUGGCGGAGCGACGACUCACGCCAAAGGACAAAUCGGUGUUUCUGAGGCUUGUGUCGACAUUGUGCAAGGCUGGGGAUUUGGAUGGGGCAUUGGAGGUGCAUAAGAAGAGCGGGCAGUUCAAGCAUGUCCUGGUGGAUCCAAGGCAGUACGGUGUGCUGAUGGAGAGCUUGUGUGCAGGUGGUAAGUGUGAUGGUGCUGUGCAGGUGCUCGAUGAGCUUCUAGAGAAGGGCACACUGCUUAGCCCAAAGAGUCCGGUGCUGGAAGCACCCGCUUAUAAUCCAGUGAUUGAGUAUCUGUGCAACAAUGGGAAUACCAACAAGGCUGAGACGUUCUUCAGGCAGCUGAUGAAGAAAGGUGUGGAUGAUAAGUCUGCAUUCAACAGUCUUAUCCGUGGGCAUGCAAAGGAAGGUGCGCUGGAGGCUGCAAAGGAGAUUCUUGCCAUUAUGACACGCCGUGGCGUCCCUACUGACCCCCACUCGCACGCACUGCUUAUUGACAGCUUCCUGAAGAAGAAUGAGUCAGCUGAUGCAAAGACAGCAUUGGACAGCAUGAUGGAACAUGGUCACUUACCAAGGCCAGCUCUGUUCCAGUCUGUCAUGGUGGCACUUUUCAACGACGGCCGGGUUCAGACCGCAAGCAGGGUCAUGAAGAGUAUGAUUGAGAAGGGGAUUACCGAGAACAUGGAUAUGGCAAAUAAGAUCGUGGAGGCUCUCUUCAUGAGGGGUCAUGUGGAGGAGGCGAUUGGUCGCGUCAAUCUGAUGGUGGAAAAUGGCUGUAUGCCUGAUCUGGAUAAGUUGCUAGCUGCCCUUUGCGAGAAGGACAAAGUGAUGGAGGCACAAAAGCUGGCUGAUUUUGCGUUGGACCGGGACUUUGAAGUUAGCUUCUCAACCUAUGACAGAGUCCUGGAAGCCCUGUACACUGAGGAGAAGACAUUGCCAGCCUACUCCAUGCUCUGCAAGAUCAAGCACAAAGGAGGCAUUGUAGACCAGAAGGGUUGCGAUGCUUUGAUGGAUAGCUUAAAAGCUGGAGGAUACUCAAAGCAAGCUGACAUUUUGUCUAGGAUCUUGGUGGAGAAUGGAUCAUCAACAUCCAAGAGGGGCAAGAAGUCUGCCAUGGGUGCAUAGGGAGGUUUCUGGGUUCAUGAAAUGGUCCUAUUUUCCUUUCUGAAUUGAAGAAACAGUGGUUUGUUUUGUUUUAUUAAUGCUUGUUGGGCCAUCUGUCAGAUUGGGAUUUUCAUCCUAGAAGACAAGAAGGAUAGGUAAAUUUACCUUUCUCAUGAAAUCCCUGAUUUAAUCAUGUGCCAUUUUCUUGGAAAAGAAAACAUGUUCAAUAAUUUAGGCAGAUGUACUUCUUAUGAAUUUAGUUGAGAAAUUACAUCUAUAACAUGCUGUUACGUUGUCAUUUAUAAGUGGCUCUACUGAAGAGAAGCCCAGAAUUUUAUUUUGUUUUGGCAUGUUACUAAAGGAAGAAUUUGAUCCAUGUC